AUGGACAAUUCUAUUUUAAACGACAAACUUUCCUUUUCUCUAUGGUCCAAAUGGCAUAUUUUGGCAUGUACAGCUGCUGAAAAACUAAUCCAAAGAUAUAAUUUAAAAAAAAAAAAAUCUAUUUGCGAACUGGAAAUGCUCUACAAUUCUCUCUCUGUUUCUCCUGAACCAAUCUCUUUUGGUCUGAAGACAACAAUCAAUAGCCAAGAGAAAGUUUCCAUUUUAAAAAACCCUAACAAAUUCCAAAGAUUUCCACCAGCCAAAGUAGCCUCUACGCAGAAGUUGCAGAUUGCCGAUGAAAAAUUAAAGAAAAAAAGGCAUUUUGUGCUAGUCCAUGGAGCUUGUCAUGGAGCUUGGUGCUGGUACAAAGUUUCAACUCUGUUAAAAUUACAAGGUCAUAGCGUUACAGCUCUAGAUAUGGCUGCUUCUGGUGUACAUCCAAAGCAAGUACACGAGCUUCGCUCUUUCUCCGAUUACUUUGAGCCAUUAUUGACAUUCGUGGCGUCUCUGCCAGUAGAAGAGAAGGUGAUUAUAGUUGCUCAUAGCAUUAGUGGCAUUGGACUUUCUAUUGCUAUGGAAAGGUUUCCUGAGAAAAUUUCUGCUGGAGUCUUUGCUGCUGCUACCAUGCCUGGUCCUGAUUUUAGUUACAAAACUAUAGCACAGAAGUAUUCCAAAGCAUCCAUGUCCUCCUCUAUGGACACUCAAUAUAUAUUUGGAAAUGGCCCUGAUAAUCCUCCAACUGCUGUGCUACUUGGCCCCAACUUUUUGGCAUCCAACUAUUACCGCUUUUCUUCACCUGAGAAUUUGGCACUGGCAACAUUGUUGCUGAGACCUUUUCCUGUGUAUAGUAAACCAGCAGCUCAAAAUGAAAUUGUAAUUACUAAAGAGAGGUUUGGAUCUGUUAGUAGAAUCUUCAUAGUAUGUGAUGAAGAAAAUGAUGAUGUGCAAAGAUGGAUGAUUGAAAAUAAUCCUCCAGAGGAGGUAAAGGUAAUAUCUGGCUCUGAUCAUAUGGUCAUGUUUUCUAAACCUCAAGAUUUGUGUUCUUGCCUACGUGAGAUUGGAGAUAAAUAUUAUUGAUUUUACCGUUUGUUGAUAUGUUA